GGGCAGAAAGACGAGCUCCGUCGGCUUCAGCUUUUUCUACGGAGCAUGCUCGGCAGGCCCAUAUCCGUCCCCGCCUUAAGGGCUUGCGGGGGGGGGGUGUUGAAGCAAAGAGGCUUUUUUUUAUAUGUUGGCCCCCUUUGUUUGCAUGUUUCUUUUUUGUAGAAAAGCUUCAGCUCGUGCAUCACCGCGGAGCCCACGAUGAACUCGAGCGCCGCGGCUACUCAGCCCUUCUCCAGUCCCAUGCAAUUUCCUGGUGGAACCACAGUCCUUGUGGAGCUCACUCCAGAUAUCCACAUUUGUGGUCUCUGCAAACAACAAUUCAACAAUCUUGAUGCCUUUGUUGGUCACAAAAGGAGUGGUUGUCAGCUGUCUGGCACAACAGCUGGAGCUACCAGUACAGUGCAGUUUGUGGCUGAAGAAACAGUGCCAGCCUCACAAGCACAAACUGUUGCAAGAACCAUCACAUCAGAAACACAAACCAUCACAGUAUCGGCGCCCGAGUUUGUUUUUGAGCAUGGCUACCAAACGUACCUAUCUGGUGAGAACAGUGAACCUCGGACAGCUACUGUUGUUACUACCCCACCGAAAUCACGCAGCAAAAAGUCUAACACAUCAUUGGCACAGAAGAAAUUCAACUGCAGCUACCCAGGGUGUCAGUUCAAGACAUCUUACGGAAUGAAAGACAUGGAACGGCACUUAAGAACACACACAGGUGACAAGCCCCAUAAAUGUGAAGUUUGCGGCAAGAGUUUCAGUCGAAAAGAUAAGCUGAAAAUGCACAUGCGCUCCCACAGUGGAGUGAAACCUUACAAGUGUAAACACUGUGACUACGCAGCAGCCGAGAGCAGCAGCCUAAACAAGCACCAGCGCAUCCAUUCCGACGAGCGUCCUUUCAAAUGCCAGAUCUGUCCUUAUGCCAGCCGCAAUUCCAGCCAGCUCACUGUUCAUCUCAGAUCUCAUACCGGAGAUGCUCCUUUCCAGUGCCGUCUGUGCUCUGCCAAAUUUAAAAUCAACUCUGACUUGAAGAGGCACAUGCGUGUGCACACAGGGGAGAAGCCUUACAAAUGUGAGUUCUGCGAGGUCCGGUGUGCCAUGAAAGGUAACCUGAAGUCUCACAUCCGCAUCAAGCACAACAUGGAGAAUGCCUUCAAAUGCCUCGUCUGCAAGUUCCAGUGUGGGAAUAAGACAAGUCUCCGUCAGCAUCUGCGAAUCCACCAGCCCGAGCAGCCCGUGAAAUGCUCGGAGUGCAGCUAUUCCUGUUCCAACAAGGCGACCCUCAAAGUACACGAGAGGAUCCACUCCAAGGAUCGCCCUUUCAAGUGUGAGUUCUGCCGCUUUGAUACCAAGCAACGGAGCAAUUUGACCACCCAUGUCAAGAAAACCCAUCCCGAUAAGAUCAGGGCCAGAGAAACAAUAUCAGGUCAAGGGGAAGGAGAUCGGUCAAAGGAAGGCAACUCCAGACAAGUUGCUAAGCUGGAGGCCAGGAAAGCUUUCAGAUGUGAUCUCUGUGAGGCCUCCUUUGUCCGGGAGGACUCUCUGAGGAGCCAUAAAAGGCAGCAUGUUGAAUAUAAUGGAACUAAAACUUCUGAGCUGGCUGUCUUACAGUUCCAGAUGGACCCCACCCCACAAGAUGAUACUUCUAUUACUGUUAGUCAUCUUCAGAUGCCAUUGCACGCUUCCCCCUAUGGGGAAGGGCAGGUCAAGAUCAUUGUUGGGCAUCAGCUACCCCAAGGCAGCAGCUUGGAACAAGGAGGUCAAGUUAAUAUUGUGUCUCCUACCUUAAUAGCUCAGAAUCAGGAUGAUCUGUCCAGUAAUAACCAGCUGCAAAUACUGCAGCAGGUGAGCUUAUUGGCUCCACCCCUUCCUGUUGGGUCUUCAGCAGAAAGCCUUUCGGUCAGUCAACCCACAGUCCUUCUCACAACUCACAACCAAGCUGAUGGCAGCAGAUCAAACCAGACCCUGAUCUCUACCAUUCCAGUAGGCAGUCAUGAGGUCUCAGCUAACCAGGCCUUCAUCAAUGGCACAGGGAUCAGCUGCUCAGAUUUGGAAGGGCUCAAUGCUUUAAUUCAAGAAGGGGCAGAAGAAGUGACAGUGGUCAGUGCUGAAGAGCAGAACAUCUCUGUGCGAGCAUCAGCUCCACCAAUCUUUUCAUCCUCUUCUCAUUCCAAUGUGCCAAAGCAAACCUAUUCCAUCAUCCAAAGUGGAGCUCAUGCGAGUUUGUUGUGUCCUGCAGACUCCAUACCAGAUUAGACUGGAGGCUGAAAAAGUCAUUUUGCUCCAUUUAGUCCUAGAGUGCAUUCAAGAGGAGGCUGUUACGCGAAGCAGGCACGGUCAGCCUGGUGCCCCUUUCUCGAAAAUGAGCAUAGUUUGCAUUCGUGAGAAAUAUGUUGAUACUGAUGGCUUUAAGGAUGGAUUGUGGUGGAAAUAGAUGCUCUUAGGUGGGGAUUAAGUCCUGUUGUAUGAGACUCAUUUAUAUCGCUUUCAGGUCUAAAUCUCUAGUUUGGUCUAAUAACAAUAUCUGUCAUGCUUAAAUAAUGUCUCUUUAGCAUAACUUUCCAACUUUGUUCUAGGUUUAAAUACCCAGUGAGUCAGACUGCGUAGGAAAUGCUGUCAAUCUUCAAAACUAGUUGUAAUGGGAACCAUUGAAAAUUAUUCAUUGGCUCUUGGGUUCUCCUCCCCUUUCCUUUUUUUCCGUUUUUUUUUUUCUUUCAUAUCUCAGACCUUAAAAUCGUGUUAAAUGUAUAAAUUAUGCAUUUUUAAUACUUAGGAUAACAGUCUUACAUUGUAAUCUACUGCUGGAUUGUUCUCCAGUGUGAUCAAUGACUUUAGAUGGGCUAAAGAACAAUAGCUGGCUAUAAUGUUGCAAUAUAAUUCCCCAAAGUGGCUUUGUUCUUCUGUCUUCAAAAGCAUUUUGACAUAUAACAAUCAAGUCUGUCAUGGAGGAAAGUGGGGAGAAAAAUAUCAGUUGUUGACAGUAUUAAGUAGGCAGCUUAAGUGGCUCAAGGCAGUUUACUACUUUUUGAAUAUCUGAUUUCUAUAUCAAGACUAGGGGGACCAGCUUUUGAAGCUCACAAUACAUGGUGCGGAUGGUCUACAAUACAUCUGAACCAUCUGAAGCAGACCAAUUUUGUUGUGUCUCAGUUGAAAGUAGGCAAGCUCCACAUAUAUCAGGGAUCAUCUUUUUUUCCAGAUGUGACACCUACAGGAUACAGUUGAACAUUACCCUAAACCAGGUCUAUGACAGCAUGGAAUGCACUUAUUAUCUUCUUACACCAGUUGGUUUAUGGGAAAUAGAUGUCACUUUUCACUUGGGAGAAGCAAGAGCAGAGUGUUGCCAAGGGAUGGGGAGACAUCUUAACACACAAAAAGUGGGACACUCACUGUUUAGUGGAAGCAAAAACUAUUUUGAAAUCGUGGUUUUGUUUGAAGGUUGCCUUCAUUUCUGCAGCAUACAAUAAAGCAUCUUAAAUAGUGUAACCAUAACAAUUAGAUAGGACUGCACAGCAUAUGUUUGUUCCAUUGAGCCCAACUCAGUCCUUUAUAUACUACAGCGUACUGGGAACAUAUCCAAAGUUGCAGGCAGAUAUAGGGUUUGUCUAGCAUUUCUCACUGUGCUGGGCAACGUUCAGUUAUUAUAGUAGAACACCUUGAUAAAGUGAUUUUCCAGAUUAUAUGCAGUUUAUGGGAAGAAAUGCAUUCCAUUUCUGUGGUGUGUAUGUGAAGGCUAGUGGCAAAUUUUUCUGUCACCUGUAGAUGGUGCUAGAACUCAAGCUGAAGUUUGAGAGGAAGGACAUGAUUAAAGAACAGGUAUUGUAUGUCUGAGGAGUAUUUCCUGCAAAAAAGUGAAUUGAACUGUUUUGUUUCAAUACAUGUACAUGAAUGCUAGCUUAGAAAAGAAAACACUUCCUGGGGUACAUCCCACUAAGGUACCAAGAUUUCUUCAGUAAACAAUAACAGGACUAGUUAAAAUUUAAGUUUCCAUUAUUUUAGAAAUGGAGUAGGUUGAAGAUGUUGCAUGUAGACAAGAAAAUGUUUAUACAUGCAUACAAAUCUAUAUAGGUUUUGUUUGUAUAAAACAAAUGACUGAUUUUUCAGUGAAAAGUUAAAAAUAUUGUCUUGUAUCAGGCAAAAGUUGUAAUCCAUCUAAGGCAAGGGAUAAACAGUCAGAGACUCCAGUGCUACAAAUGAUAUUGGAAAGUUUUAGAUGAGGUCCCAAGAGGCUAAUUAAUUUUAUUAUCCCAUUACCGUUGUAAUAUGAGAGAAAUGAGGAAAUAGCCAAUAUGUGAUAGAAGAGUAAUACUGUUAAUAUAUUAUUUAAAUGUGAGUUAAAUUAUAUUGAGAGUUGUUUUUCUAUUUUGCUCACUAGCUUUUUUCCUGUAUUCGAACAUUCGAAGACCAAGCACCAUUCUUGUUCUAGAAGGAGGUUUCCCUAGCAUUUUGAGUGUUAUCUAUAGAUCAUGGGUUCUUUGGUUUUACAAAGUAAAUACUGUCACUAAAUUAUCACCCCUACCAAUUUAUAAUACUCAUCAGCUCCUUCACUGCUCCUAAGUUACAGGUUUACAACUUAGUAAACUAUAUUUUUUAAAAAAAGCAGGAAGAACUAAGAUGAAGUAGGGUAAAACACCUGACAAACAGAAUGUUGGGUUGCAAUAUUGUAUAUCAUAGUGACCACAGAGGAGAAUAGGUGAGUCUGGUAGAAGAAGAUUGAGUGCAGCCAUGCUUCAUAAAUGGAAUUGUAGAAUUGUAGAAGGUUGAGAAAACGGGGGAAGAAGAAGGACGUGUUUUGCUCUCUGAGGAACAGAGAUUUAGAAAGGAUGUGUUCCCUGGAGCAAGAGUACUUUGAUUCUGGCCUGAGUGAAAACCACUUGGGAAAUUGGGAAUGGGAUCAGAAGUAUAGUCGUUAGAGGUGAAAGGAACUGGGUGAAUUCGGAUUGCAGAGAAGUUGAAUGAGUUGUGUAGUAAGGAUAGUUGAUAAAGGGGAGAAUGAACUGUAACAUGCACUGAGAAUUUUGUCUGGUCUGUUUAGAAAAAGGGAACUGAGUAUACAAGACAAAAACCAAUUAGAAUAGAGCUGAAAGGAACCUUGGAGGUCUUUUAAUCCAACCCCCUG